AUUUCUAGUUCUUAUUUCCGGACGUUGGCCGUAAAUGUGAUUGGCGAUGGCGCAGUUUACCAUUCUGGUGACGUUCCUAAUAUUGCUCGGAGCUAGGAGUGAAUCCAAAGAAUUACCUUCAAAGGUGUCCGAUAACCAGAGAUUCGCUCCAUCCUGCUCGAUAAACAUCAACACUCAGCUUCCGAGACCACAACCUCUGCUGUUGAUUCCCGGUACGGAAGAGUUCCGCUAUCCAGCCACCAGUAAUCGGCUGUUACGGUUAAACCCUGGAGAAACGGUAGAGCUCGUUUGCAGCAAUGGGUUCAACCUGGCUCCGAGCAAAAACUCCAUCAUUGUAUCCUGUGUCAUCGAUACAGUGUUCAAUUACGAUAGCACCAUGCGUCAAUUCAGUGAUUUCUCCUGUAGGCAAAUUUGGUACAGCAGUGCUCGGCGAACCUAUGAGCCUUGCGAAAACAGUUCAUCGAUCAUUCAGAUCGGUUUCGAUUUGGGAGCGCGAUUUCCCAAGAUCAUGGACAUCUGCCAUAACGAGGAAACAUUUGAAAAUCAUUGGAUAAAGCAUGAGAUGUAUGCUGCCAACGCGGGAUAUCAAUCCAGUAACCCACGUCCCAAUUGGUAUCAGGGAGAUUUCUAUCCGGGAAUCGAUACGAACUACCUAUACACUGUGAACAAACAACGACAGACCAUUGCUCAAAUUCUUCAGUCACAAGAUCUAGCUGAUGACAUCGUCAGAGACGUCAACUCGGGUAUCUACAUGGCUCGAGGUCACAUCGCUGCUCGAGUGGAUUUCAUAUACGGCACACAGCAAAACGCCACGUUCUGGUUCCUGGUGGUUGCUCCCCAGUGGCAGAACUUCAACGACGGCAACUGGCUUCGUGUUGAGGAGCAGGUUCGAGUUUUCAUUGCCGCGCGGAAUCUCAACGUCACAGUCUACGGUGGAACAUACGGGGCUCAUACCCAGACCGAUGCCAAUGGUGAUCAACAACCGAUCUUCUUGGACUACGAUCCAAAUGGGGUUCAACGGCUGCCAGCGCCAAAGAUCUACUACAAAAUUCUGCACGACGAAAGGAACCAAGCCGGCAUCGCUCUGGUGGGGGUCAAUGAUAUCCACAUCACUUCGAUGGAGCAAAUCGAAGAGCAGUAUAUGUUCUGUGAAGAUAUAGGCGACAAAGUCAGCUGGAUCAAUUGGGAAAGGAGAAAUUUCAAGAAAGGAUUCGCCUACGCGUGUGAAGUGAACCCAUUCCUAAAACGGAUUGGGCAUCUGGCACAUUUGGAUGUACCCAAUUUGUUGAUUUGAGCAACAUGAACAUUAAUGAAAAAGCGAUGUAAAAUAGGAAAAAAGAGCUGGGCCAGUUGGUGGGAAUGAUGAAUAAAAACAGUUAUGCUUUCAAAUGACAAAACAUGAAUAAAUAUAAGCAAUUUUCUCAGCGAUA